AUGAAUCCAUCAGUGAAAAUUUUUUCUCGUUUUACUAACAUUAUUAACCCCUUGAAGAAUCUUGGAAGGGUGUAUCCCUCUUCCGAUCAUGUUAGAAAGAUAUUGUGGGCACUUCCAAAAAAUUGGAACUCAACGGUUACCACCAUUCAAGAAGCCAAAGACAUUGAAAAGCUACCUCUAGAUGAGCUCUUCGGGUCUUUUCUAUCAUAUGAAAUAACCAUGAAGGACCAAUCAGCAAAAGAAGCCAUUCAACUAAAGACAACUACUCUCCAACCCACCACAAAUGAAGAAGUGUCCAAAGAUGCUAUUGAAAAUGAUGAAGAAAUCGCUCUUGCCACACUUUCUUACAAAAAGUAUCUUCAAAAGAAGAAAUACAAUAAACGAGGCAUUCUCAGAAAAAGUCCCUCAUCAUCAUCACGUGACUCUUCUCAAAAGGAGCAAUCCACUUGCUUCUAUUCUGGAAAACCAGGGCAUUUCAAAGCUUAUUGCUUUCUCUAUAAAAAGGAAAAAGAAGAAAACUCCAAGAAGAAAUCCAUGAAAGCCUUAUGGGAAGAUGAUGACUCUCUCACCUUUGGAAGUGAUGAUGAUCUUGUUACGAACAACUUAGCAAACCUUUGCCUUAUGGCAAAUGACGAUGAGGUAAACUCCUCCUCCGACUCUUCUUUUGAACAAGAUAUUUCCUUUAAUGAUUUACUAGAUGAAUAUAAUGGAUUGCAAGAAGCUUUUCAAGGGCCUCAUAAAGAUCUAGGAAAAAUGGUUUUGAAAUGUGCCUCUCUUAAAAGAGAAAACUUCGCUCUUUCAAAAAAUCUCAAAAAAGCUAAAAAUGAAAAUGAGUCUCUGCAAAAAGAAAUAGAGUCAAUUUCUAUUAAGGGACCUAGUAAUCUUAUUUCUGAAAAUGAGUCAUUAAAUCUAACCAUUGAAGAUCAAUUGAAUAUUAUUUUUAAAUUCACUCAAGGAAAAGAAAAUUUGAGAAUGAUGCUUGGAAAUCAACAAAGUGCUUUUUUCAAAAAUGGUCCAGGAUACACUCCUCACUCCAAAGAUGCAUGUCUUCUAAAAUGA